AUGGCUGCAGCAUACUAUCUCGCCGCCCAUGGCGCCCAUUUCCCCGUGGUACACCCAGAGCAGAAGCAAUCUCCAAGCCCUCCAUCUACACAUCCCUUGUUCAGCGUACACCAUCACACACCGCAAGUACCUACAACAACACUCGCCAAAACCGAACGCGCAGACAGCGAUCAGCCCAUGAACAGCCAAUUAGACAGCCUCUUCUUCCGCCUGCCCGCAGAGCUCCGAAACCAGAUCUACGAAGAUCUUCUAUGUGCUAAUACACCAACCAAGCUGGUCGAUCUCACAAAUGCGUCGCGGAUACCAACACCUGCACCCACUUAUCCAGCCAUCCUGUCGACAUGUAAACGAAUCCACGAAGAAGCAAAGGAUCUACUCUACACGACGCAUAUCUUUCAUGCGCAUCCGAGUCUCCUCACGGCACUACCGCAUCUCAUGACCACGAGUCACCCGGUUCUUUACCCCACCGUCCUCAGCAAAAUCCGCAGAUGGCAAUUGACCGUGAGACUGGACACGGAUCCACGCUUCACCGCGCAACAAACCACAGCCGCGUUCUCGAAUGCCGAGUUCCUCGAGAUCAAGGCCUGGCAGAGCAUGUUCGACGGGUGCAAUGCCGCGGUCUUGAAACUCUUUACCGGGAUCAGGGGCGUCAAGUUUGCGAGGGUCAUCGGCAGUGUAGAUGACGGGCUAGCCCGGUGGUUGGAGGAGAAGAUGAUGAGCCCCCCAGAAGAAGAGAAGGCGGUCGAGUGGUGCGAAUGUAAAGGCGUGAGGUAUUUGAAGUGCGAGGGGUGUGAGAAGAGAGUCAAUUUUGAUGGAAAUGGCGCGGGUAUGUGGGGGGAUGAGGCAGACGCCUGGAGAUUUGGGAACCGGUAG